AUGGAGGUCGAGCUAGACUCUUUCCAAAGACAAGUCGCCGAAAAGUUCAUCGAUCUCAACGCCUCCGCCGGAGAAAACAACCUUCUCUCCCUCUCCUGGAUCAGCAAGCUUCUUGAUUCCUUCCUCUGUUGCCAAGAAGAGUUCCGAGCCAUCAUCUUCAACCACCGCUCACAGAUCUCAUCUCCUCCGAUGGAUCGUCUCCUCUCCGAUUACUUCGAGCGGAGCAUCAAAGCCCUCGACGUCUGCAACGCGAUCCGCGACGGGAUCGAACAGAUCCGCCAGUGGCAGAAACUCUCCGACAUCGUUAUCUCGGCGUUAGACAGCCACCGUCCCGUCGGAGAAGGUCAGCUCCGGCGAGCUAAGAAGGCUCUGAUCGAUUUAGCCAUCGGAAUGCUCGACGAGAAGGAUCAUUCUUCUUCCACAUUAGCUCAUCGUAACCGUUCGUUUGGUAGAGUCAAAGACAAAGACAAUCACAGCAAUCACCACCGUUCGUUCGGACAUUUCAGAUCUUUGUCGUGGAGUGUGUCGAGAUCCUGGUCGGCUUCUAAGCAGUUACAAGCGUUGGGUAAUAAUUUAACAACUCCUAAACAAAACGACGUCGCGGCGAGUAACGGUUUAGCUGUACCGGUUUACACCAUGACUUCGGUUUUGUUGUUUGUGAUGUGGGUUUUGGUGGCUGCGAUUCCUUGUCAAGACCGUGGGUUGCAAGUUAACUUCUUUGUUCCCAGGCAUUACCAAUGGGCGGUUCCGGUUAUGUCGUUGCACGAUAGGAUCGUGGAGGAGUCUAAGAGGAGAGAUAGGAAGAAUUGUUGUGGGUUGCUUAAGGAGAUUGAGAGGAUUGAGAAGAGUUCGAGGGUGAUGAAUGAGUUGGUUGAUUCGAUUCAGUUUCCGUUGAGUGAGGAGAAGGAGAGUGAGAUGAAACAGAGAGUGGAGGAGCUUGUGGAGGUUCAUGAGGGUUUGAAGAAGGGGUUGGAUCCGUUUGAGAGGAAAGUUAGAGAAGUUUUUCAUCGGAUUGUGAGAAGCAGAACCGAGAGUCUUGAUUCUCUUUGUUAA